AACGUCUGACGAAAAGAAUAACCAACCGAUCAGCUGACGAGAACGCGAAUCACGUGAUCUUCAUAUCAGCUUCGAUCGCGAGUCAGAAGAGAAGAGCAGCUGCCCAGAAAAUCAGGAAAAAGCCGUGAAAAUGAUGGACCGAGAGUAACAUAUAACGACGCCCAAGUACAGGCGAUAUGUUCAUAUGUGAGAGAGAAUUACACUGAAUUAUUUCCGUGUAGUGACAAGCCAAAUACCAAAGGACGGGUUGCAGAGGCAUGGGACAGGGCAGCCACCACAUUGAUGAGUGGUGGUCUGCCCAUUUCUAAUGCCAAGAAGGCCCCUGGUGUGCACCUCCGUGACCUAUGGCACAAGAUGGUGUCGAGGGCCAAAAAGUACCGUGAUGACCGUUCACGUACAGGUGGUGGCCCUCGACCCAGAUUCCAUCAGCGCCAUGAAAUGGUCAUGGAGGUGCUACCUAAACCUGCAUGCAUGGGCUUUCUUGGCCAAGAUAGUGAAGGAGGGAAUUUAAUUGCCUUACUAACGAAUACGGAAGACUUUGAUAACAUGGAAGAGCAAUAUCAGACAACACGGCAGCAUCAACAGCAGCAGCAGUUGCAGCAACAACACCAGACACAGCAACAACAGCAACAACACCAGACACAGCACCAUACCCAACAACAACACCAGUCACUCCAGACCCAGCAACAGCAAGUGCAACCUUUGCAAGAACACCAUCAACAAGAUCGACGGCAAAAACCACAGCAUUCUAACCUUCGACAAGUGCGAAAAAGGAAAGCAGAUUAUCAGUGGGAGUUGCUGGAGUGUGAAAAGGAAAAGCUAGGUGUAAUGAGGCAGAGACUAGAGGUUGAGAGAGAAAAAGUUCAAUUAUUGAAGCAAAUAUUUAACAAACUUAGUGGCAAUGUGUCAGAGAAUGAAUCAUAAUUCCAUAAACAAUUUUGAUAGAGUAAAGAAAGUAAUAACUAUAAAGACCAAUUGUGGAAUAGUUAGAACAAUCACGGUUUGAAAGAAAGUGAUUGGAAAUAAUUGCAUUUAUCAUUAAAUGCACACAAAGGUACUGUGUUCUAAUUUGUUUCAUUAGAUAUGGUUUCAAAUGAAAACUUACAAUUGAUGAUUAGGAAUUUUAUAGCAACCAGACAAUAGUAAAGGACUUUUUCUUCAAAAGUUUGGUAUUAAAACCGAUGACAGAUAAAUUUUUGGUACAAGUAAAUUUAAAGGAUGACAAACUGACAGUUGAUUUAUGCAAAAAAACUACGAAUGAUGUCAUCUCUAACUUGUUUUCCUGUCAUGGCAUCCCCCUCUUCAUUGAGGUCGUUGGCUUCAUCACCAGCGUCGUCGUCAACCCUCUCCUGUUCAACCUCUGGCUGCUUCAUCUGCUUGCUUAUGUUAUGAAGGCAGGCACAUGCCGUUAUCACAUCGCUCGCUCGUUCUGGAAUCAUGUUGAGCCCUCCACCAAUCAGGCAACGGAAUUUAGACUUCAAUUGUCCGUUGACUUGUUCUAUCACAACUCUGGUGCAACUGUGAGCUCUGUUUGAAAAUGAGAGAGAGAGAAGAUUAAUAGGACUACUUAUUUCCUUCUCAGAGGUCUUUUAACCCUAACUAGGCCUGGCUUUUUUGGUUGUUCUGUGGCCGUAGGGGGUUGAUUCACCCCCCCCCGGCCGUUUUUUGUCUUAAGGAAGAAACAAUGUUAUCUAUGAUGAUCUCAGGAUUUUUUUUUCUUGCUCCUUUACUCUUACACAUGAUUAUUGUGAGUGAAGUUUCAAAUGCCAUGUUAUCUGUUGUAAGAUAAAUAUGAUAUAUUAUUGGUAUACAGUGGACAGGUAAUGCAGUAGGUAUUAUUAACUAAGAAAAUGGUGGCAUUGAUUGUUACAUACUGAUUGUAUCUUCUCUCUCCUCGUGUUCUUGGCAGUGGAACCGGUGUCAUUAGCCAUGAUUGGAGGCCGUAGCCAGAGUCCCCCAGCAACAAUCCAUUUAGUGCUCCUUCUCUGAAGGCCUGGGCAAUUACGCUGGUCUGUUGAAAUGAGAGCAAGACAUUUCCUAUGAAAAUUUCCCCCUCAGUUCUUCUGGCAUUUGUAUAAAGAGUGACUAACAUUGUAACUUUAGCUUCAUUAUUGCUCUAGACCACAAUUUGCUUCCUUCUGGCUUGAAUUAGCAGUGGUUGUUAUUGACAAAAUCCCCAAUCUAUAGCUAUGAGGUACAUUUACAUUUUAUAGUAUUCAUUGUACUGAAAAUUUCUUUUUGUUCAGUAUAAUGUUUCCAAAUUCCUAGUUAUGGCUCCAGGUUCAUUUUAUAGCCCUACUUAUGAAUUCAUCUAACUUAAAAUAAUAACAAUAAUAUACAACAUUUAUAAAGCACUUUAUACAGUUCAAGAAUACUAACUGAGUCAUGUUGAUUUUUUUUUUCAUGUUAUCUAUUUUUUUUGGGGGGGGGGGAGGGGGAAGGGAGGAUAAAAAACCUUCAAAUCUUACCCUGCAAAUCCUGCUAUCGUGCGUAGAUCCAGGCCAUCGAGCAGAAAUGCUCGUUAUCUCAUACCGGGCAUUGCAUGUUAGUUGGACAUUUAUACUGUAGAAGCCCUUUCUGUUUACAAAGAGAUGUUCGGCUGCUCCUAGGGGGACUCCAUUGAUCCGAACAUGAGUACCGUCAAUAGCCCCAACCACGUUGGGAAAGCUUGCCAGAAGGAAGAAACGUCUUUGGGUAUCACGCACUUCUUCUUGUGUGCAGGGAAAUUUAAUGGACUGUAGAAAAAUGAUUGAUAAAAAAAGAAUUGUUUGAAUAUUCAGACUCUCUUCAUUUGAGAUUAAGGCUAAUGAAGCUUGCCUGCAAGGAAUAAGAACUUGCUUUGUUGUUUUAACCAAGUAUCCGAUAUAUUGUGUUAACAAAUGAAAUAAUAUAUGUACAUAUAUAUAUAGAUAUUGAUUAACUCAAUCGUAUGCUCAUAUUGUACAACAUCCAGUUAGCAGGUCAAUAUUUGUACAUAAAAUUACACAUGUGCUAAAUGUCCAGCAAGUAAGAAAUGUCUUUAAAUUAUUUGUAAAUAUGCAUGAUUUAGAAUAAUUAUCAAGAUGAUAAACUUGAACAGAAGAUAUGAAUAUUAUUUCAAUGAAAAUAUUAACAGCAAAAUUCCACACUAACACUCAUGUGUAUUUCUUUGAUGUAUUUUCUUGAAAUUUGAAAUAAUUUAUUAACUGCAUGCUUACUUUCACAUAUUGUAUUUUCUACAGAAAAGUAAAACAAUUGUUGUACAAACAUAUUUAUUUGAUGCAGGAUACAAAUGAAUAUUGUUAUAAUGAAUAUUAUUAUAUUGGAUAUUUUUAUUGAAAAAUAUAUAUUUGAAUUUAACACAGUAUUGUUUAAAAUAGCAAUAUAUAGUACAAGUAAUAUAUGAAAAUAAGAUACAUGUUUGAUGAUUAUUUAUUAAUAAAUUCCAAUCCCAGAAUUAAAGCAAUUGCCUCCCUAUAUUUCUUUACUUUUUGGAUGUUGUCUCUGUUUUGCAUAUGUUCCAGGUAACUAACAAUUGCUGUAAAUACAUAUUUUAUGUGGUAGGUAAUUAUAAAUGAUAAUAUUUAUGAAUGAAUUUUAUAAUACCUGUAUUUGUGAAUUUAAAGAAAAUAUUUAAAAUAACUGCCAGUAGUAAUUAAUGAAAACAUGAAGUGUAAAAUGAUAUUGAUUAAUUAAUAUUAGCAAUAAAAUUGUAUGCUGUAAAUUAUAAUAGAUAACUUGCUUGCUUCUAUUCCUUUACUUUUUGCAGAUGGAUUAGCAAUGAGCUGCCUUUAUUUUUCCAUCUUUCAUAAAAAUGUUCACAUCUUCUACAGUUGAUAUGUUCAUCUUUUUAUAAGUUUUGAAAUAAGAAAAAAAUCAUUGAGUUUUUUUAAGAACAUAAUUAACUUGUAACAUGUAGAUUUACAUAUCUAACAAACCAUAUAAAUAUGAAUAAUAACUUUCCAAGAUAUAGAGAAUGCAGCUUUUUGAUCCACCAAUGUUGGAUCUUUUUCAUAAAGGGCUAUUGAGAAUAUUUCUCCCCACUGCCUGUUCACUAAUUUCUUUAGUUAUCUUGCUUCUACCUUCUCUAAUUAUAACUGCAUCAGUAUUUCUCAUUUCAUAUUAGAAAUAACUGCUUUAUUCGAGAAUUAGCAUCGUUAACCAUUAAACAAAUAUUUUUUGUUUAAUUAUCCAACAUAUCAAAAUUGAUUUAAAAUUGAGGGUGGGAUAGGAUUAUAAUCAAUCAACAUCAAUCAUGAUCAUCACUGUCGCCAUCAUAGGUGUCGAUCCAGAGGGAGAUAUGGAGAUAUUGGCCUAAAUAUAAGGUCUUGGGGCCAUGGACCCCAGAAGUUUCAUGAUCAAAAGGAGGGUAGAAAAAAGAGAAGGAAGAAGGGUGAAUAUGAUGGUUUUUUAAAUGUAAAAAUGCAUCAAAAAUUUUAUUUAUAUCGAAAUGUCAAAAUUUUUGCUAGUUCGCUUUGCGGGUUCAAUUUUUUUUUACCCCAUAGGCCUACACAAAUCGGGCCCCUCAAAUUUGGCUAACUGUGCCACCCCACCCCGUCUAAAUUAAAAAGAAAGGGAAAAGAAAAUUGUGAGAACCCCCACCCCCCCCAGAAGGGGGUCUUCAUAUUCAUAGAAUAAAGUUGAUUUCUGUCAACUUAAAAAAAAAUUGACAAGCCAAAAAGAAAAAAGAAGGAAAAGUGGUAUUUAAUGACUACCAAAUGAAGGUGAUUUUUAAUCUUCCCAAAAGUAGCAUACCCAACAAAAAUUUACGGGGGUUCACCCCUGCUUGCAAGGGUUGUGGAUUUAGUUGUUCAUGAGAAAUAAAUGCUGUAUUUCAAUUUGUUUUGUCUUAUGAGAAACCAGUUAUACAAAUGCUUUGUAGAGAAAUAUGCAUUUGUUUGAGAUAUGUCGUCAUUAAAACACAAGAUCAAAAGGCAUGCAGGUACAAAAUUAGGUGUAUCAACCUCCCAGGAUUUGUUUAAAAUAUAAUUUUUAUCAUUAUUUCUGAAGUAUUCCACUGCGGCCCGAAACGACAUUGAAAUAUUCUUCGAAAUGCCGCCAGCUUUCGACCAUGUGUAAACAACCCUGGACAAAAUGUUAACAGUACGGUAUAGUUGUGGUCACGACAGUCUUCCGUUCUCUGAGAACUGUUAGAACUUCGGCUUAAUUGAAGAAUGACCUUCCAAAAUGUUCAUAAACUGAUGUAAGUAAUACAGAUCUCUAGGCAUAUCAACUGUUUUUAUCUAACUUGAAAUAUUUGGAGUUUUUGGACGCAAACAGCUGCAGUCUUGCAGACAUGGACGUACAGUAAUUACGAGUGAGCGAGUUGUAUUGACAAUACUAUUGACUUUUGUGUUUGCAGACGACAUACAAUCGCCAACAAUAUUUGGUAUGUAUGGGACUGAAGUGAAGGCUGUGCGGUGCAACGAGAAGUGAGUGCGAUCGAUCGAUGACGAUGGUCAAUCGCACUCUUCUUUCCCCCAUAUCGACUUGAAAGAAAAAGAAAUAAAAUGAACGAAAUACAUUAGGCCCUAUAUCAAUCUUGCUCUCAGGAUCAUGACUUUUCAAUAUUUUAGGACCCCACUAUAUAACUUACUUAGUGUAUUCUAGAGACUAGAUCUAAGUAAAAAAAACUUUUUUAUUCAUGAUGGCCAAAGUUAGACUGUCUCUACGUACGACGUAGUAGAACUAGAUCCAAAUUAAUAGAAAAGGACAAUUAAGAACUUACCUCAUCUCUUUUAGAGCACAAAGCAAGUGUCACCCUUCUUAUGACUCUUGAUGCUGUUGAUCUACUGCAGCCGUGGAUAGUGGCUGAACUAUCCAUCACAUAUCCCGUGGCAUAGAACCUCAGUGCUACAAAAAUUUGCAGUGCUGGGGUCAGUGCAUUACUCCUUUUAGUAUUGUGUUUCAAUUCAUCUCCAAUAUAAUCAAUGAUGAAGCUUACACCAUCUCUGGUGAAUCGGUAUUUUCUGAACAUAUCUCUGUCAUCGUACAGUUCAAAAGGAUUGGAUCUGUCGCGAAAAACACGCUCCCUAUGCAGAGCGGCUCCAACCAUAGCAUUCACUAACGCUAUCUUGGUUGUCAUAGGCAGUGGACUUGUCGGAUGAAAUUUUGACUUGUCGGAUGAAAUUGGCAUUUGUCGGUAGGUAAAGGGUGACCGACCAAAUUCAAGAUACUUGUCGGAUCAAAUUAGAGCACUUGUCGGAUUUUUCAUCCGACAAAGUUUCAUGAAAUGGAAAGUUGUCGGACGAAUAAAAGUUGUCGGAUAAAAUGGGACUUGUCGGAUAAAACGUCCGACAAG